AUGGCUGGAGUAAUUUCAUUUGGUUCUGUCAAUAUUGGUUCAUCUCAUAUCCCAUUUUUAACUGGUGAUAAUUAUUCUGAUUGGAAGGAGAAAAUCCUUCUAACAUUGGGAUGUAUGGACAUUAAUUUGGCACUUCGUGUGGAUGAACCACCCAUCCCCACGGAAUCAAGUACGCCAAGUGAAAGGGCUUCUUAUAAGAGGUGGGAACGAUCAAAUCGCUUAAGUAUAUGUCUCAUUAAAAGUCAUAUUGGGAAAAACAUAAGGAGUUCAAUUCCUGAAUGUACUAAGGAAAAAGAAUACAUGAUAGCAAUUGAACAACAGUUUGUAAGUUCCGAUAAAGCAUUAGCUAGCACCCUAAUAACCAAAUUAUCAUCAAUGAAGCAUAUGGGUGAUAAAGGGGUCCGUGAACAUUUUAUAAAAAUAAGAGAUAUAGCUGCCUAA